AUGGAAACUUUUGUUUGUUGCUACUGCCACCCAACACAUUCAACAAAUAACGACGGCGACUAUUCAACAUAUCCUCGACGAAAUCACUCGAAUGGAAAUGAAAAUGAUCCAGACUGUGGAAAAGCUUGUUAUUUUCUCGGAUGUUUCGACAUGCUUUUACGAGUUUUAGAUCACAUUUCGAAUCAGAAAAUUGAGACUAUCAUGACAACACAAACAUGUGUUUUAUUACCUCAUGAUGUUAAACAUUUUUUCUGGCAUCUUUUUUUUUGUUCAUUCAAGUCAAGUAUGCAGACUGAAAAUCCUUUCCCUCGACAUUGGAUGCUUGAGAUAAUUUUUAUGCAAAAAUAA